CCAGUCUGCAGACAAAGGGGACAGUGGAUUUGCAGGGGUCCCACUCUGUCCCUGAGGGACAGGACUGGGAGCAGGUGAUCACUGACAUUGCCAGGUAGUGCUAGGACUGUACUACCCCCUUUAUUAUUUUAGUGGCAAUUCCAGUAUUUUGGGGCUCUGGCAUAAGUUGAAGCUGAGACACAGCCUUCCUCUGAAAAGUGGGGGUGCUGCAGCAGCACGUACGGCUGGAACCACUGGGUCAGGGUUCCUGCACUGGGUCAGGGUUCCUGCACAGGUCCUGCCAGGAUGCUCAGUGUCACCUCUUCAGAGUUCCGCAGCAUCGCUGGCUGCUGUUGGAAAAAACCUCCUCUUACCAAUUGGGGCAACACUUUGGAGUGGAAAGUGAAAUUACUGUGCUUGUGAACUAUGCUGUGGAAGUGAGAGCAAGAGAAAUGGAAAGUGCUGUUCAGGCAGUAGAGAAAGGCAGAGCCUUACAAAUAUCUGCUUAUGCAAAUCAAAUCAUUUGUCUUCUGAAAUGUUCAUUUCGCCUUUUCCCUGAUUAUAUUUUCUGAAUUGCCAUAUGUACUUCUUGUGAUAUUUCAGUCUUGUCAAAUUAAGGAGAGAAGGCCUUAUAAUUAACUGAGGAUAUGCACCAAAUAAAGUAGUGUUUGUCAUUUUUACUGUGUGAUCAGUCAAUAAUAUUACAGGUGGCCUGUAAGUUUAAAAAAAAAAAGUCUAAACUGUUUUUGUAACCUUAUAACUAUCAAAGGUAUUUGUUUGGGGAGAAGGCAUUGAGAAAGAAGAGAAUUUUAAAAUUGCACAAUUACAGUUAAAAAAACAGAGCAAGCAACGUCAUGUGUUUCUGAAGAGCACACUGUUUAAUUUUAUAGUAACAGUAUUUUAAGAAUGCUGACAGUACACAGGAAGGCAGUGAAUAAUUCUUGUUGCAAAACCCUGAUGGUUUGCUGUUUUCAAAAUGUUAAGACUUAGUCAGCCCUGGAUUUCUCUAAGGAAGAACAGGACAUUUAGGGUGGGAAAAAAAAAGCCAGUAGUAAUGUAUCAAAGCAGCAUUCAAAUAAAAUAGAGGUUUGGUAUCCUUACUUAGAAUAGACUGGAAAAUGCAUUUGUUUUCAUGUACCUUUUUUUUUUUUGUGAUGUGCCUGAUUGACUUGUUUUAAUACCGGUGUUAUUUACAUUUCAGGGAUGGGCCUCUAUUAAGCAGGAAAUUGUCCAAACCCCUCAGCUGUAUUUUAAAUUGAAAUUAUUUAUUUUAUGAAGUGAUUGUGCAGACUUAAUUUAGUAAUCUAUUAUUAAAUCUAUAGUUUCAGGCUGUAUAAAGUCUUUAUAUAGCAUGAAAAUGGGCACAUAUGAAGAUCUAGGCUAUAUAUACACCUGGUUCUGUAUAUUAAAUCUUUUACAUAUGUUGUCCAUUUUCAGAAACAAAUAAACUGCUGCUUUUGAAAACUCAGCUUCUCUUCCAUAUUAGGGAAUUCUGCAGACUCCCUGUGUUCCUUAGCUUCAGUAUAGUGCUAAAUCAGUUUGUACAUUAGUCUAUUUUUAGUUAUGAAUGAACUUUAUGGAGUGCAGCACACAGAGCGAUUUCAGAGAUUCUCACUCAUAAAACCCGUGUGUCAUGCGCCUCAGUACAGCUGUAAACAUUAUGCAAGCUCUGGGCUUCCUGGGCCGGAGCCCUGAGAUUUCCAGGGGGGGAAAAGCAUCCCCCCCACCUCGCCCUUUUGUGCGAAAUAUUAGGCAAACAGUAAAUCUGCCGUCGUGAAAUCAGGUUAAAUUGUGUGACCUUGGCUGUGGCAGGCAGGCUGCCUGGCGUGGCAGCAGGGGGACACUAGAGGGCAACUGAGAGUUUUCUUUAAACCAGCCGAGCUGGAGAUGGUUUUAAUAUCAACUGUUUAAACUCAGUGAGGAUUUAUUUUCCUCUCUGCAGAUUUCGCAUAAGUAACCUCGGAGUUUCCAUUGACAGCAGAUAAUAAUCCAACUGAAGUUCUUCUGGGGGAAAAUGCGGCGGGAGCGGGUCCGGAGCCUGCUCUUGCCCAAAUAAGGCUUUUUUUGCAGACCCCAUGUGUUAGAUAAUGAUCAACUGACAGUCGGUCAUGAGUUAAUAAUGCUGGAUGCUGAAAUAUGCAUACCAUGUGGUAUACAACAGUUCUGCGGGGAGAGACAAACACAGCUAUAAUUAGACAUCUGAAACACAAGGAAGUGUGUAAAUUGUUUAAUAGUCUUCCACUUAAUUCACUCAGAUAAUUUCCUAAGAACCAGUAUUGACUGCGGAAGAAUAUUGCACAACUGACUGCAUAUUUAGUUUAAACCCUGCCCUGCUCAGAUAAAUUUAUGGAUACAGCUCAGUUUUAUUUGGAUUUUUCUGAGUGCUAGAGAUUUGCUGGGGCCAAAAUGAAGAGAUGGGUUCAGUUUUGUUUGUGUUGAUUUUUGGGAUGAUUACACCAAGUCCAUGGGCUUUGCACUCAUUUAAACCGGGCACAUGAUCUUACAAUCAUGUAAGAUCAGGACUUUAAAACCACCAUUUUUGGGGUGUUUUGGGACUUGUACAGAUUCCCUGGCUGCCUGUACACAACCUGACAAAAUUGCCAGAGUUCCACUUCUGUGUUUUAUGGGUGAAAAAGUGCAGAUCCCUUCCUGUGCUCAGCAGUGCUGGGCAGCAUCCCCUCUGCACCUCAGCAAUAACAGCCCACGUCAGGUGUAUGCAGAUCUCCCAGGGUGCCAAGGCUUUGUUCCCAAGCUCUCUGCAGAAGUGGGGUUGUCUCUGAACCCUUUGCUGACUCUGUGCACUGUGGUGGGGGGCCUGGCAAGCCAAGUGCUGCAAGUGAAGUUGGUGAUGACCCAGAGAUGUGAAUGGGCACAGGGCUUAGGCUGUGGCUGCUGUUCCUGCCUCCACCUAAUGCCUUGUGUAGUUGUUGUGGUGGCAGCUGAAUGUAGGCAUCAAAGGGGAGAGCUUACUCUGUAGUUUCUGCUUGUCACUUUACUGGUAUCUUCAUGCAGGUUGAUUAUGCCUAACAAAUUUUGAUUACUUUACAGUACAAUGAUCAAAAAAAAAAUUAGGAAAUUAUAAUAUUCCUACACCAAAAAAAAAGAAUCUUAUAUAAUCAGUUACAAAUCAGAAAUGCGAGAGAUUAUUUAAAUAAUAUAUUUGUCACUUUCACAUUGUGCACAAUUUGAUGAUCAUUGCUUCCUACCUGGCGUUGUCAUUCCCAAAAGCAAGGUCUUGGAAACUGUCCAUUUUAUCCUUCUGGCAUGAAUUUCUGCCUGUUUAUAUUCAUGCACAAUGUCCAUCAGUCAAUUAGCCCAUCUCAUCCAUCUACCUACGUGGAUACGACUGGUUACGUUCCUGUUGUAUUUCUGAGGUAUGUAGGUCAUGUCUCCAUUGGGUACUGCUGACUCUGCUAGACAGCAAUUACACAAACGCUGGCUUUUACUGGAGAGAAAAAGAAACGUUGUUAGGAAAGCUGCCCUAAGAUUUGCCUAUUUUCUACAGCCCUCUAAUGGAAGGUCUGCCCUGGGUGUUCUGAUGAGUUUCGAUCAGACAGGCUGACUUAGAUGGCUUUGCUGUGCGUUUCCACUUCUUGUUGCCAUGUUUGCAUUGCUUUUGUCUUGGCUAUUACAUAAUCUGUUAGAACCUGCUCAUUUGCUCACUCUCCUUUCUUUGCUUUUUUUUUUUUUUCAAUAAAUUAACCAAGACUAUUUUGAGAAGUCAGGCCUACACUUCUAGAGUGUUGCUCUGACCCUCCAAGAGAAACUGAAGCCCCUGUCUGCUGGCUGCAGCCUCCCAGGAGGUGACCUUUGGGGAUGGAGGGCUUUGGGGCUGGAGAUCGACUGCAGAUUUCUGAGGGAAAGGGAAAUCUGAUGAACCCAUGUCUGAUGCUGUGAUGCUGCCCAAGCGCAGGGUGUUUCAUGAUGAGAUAGGAAGAUUUCUUUGCUCGAGGCUUGAAUGCUUCUUUCCCAUUAGUGGCAGAGAGAGCCAUGCUGGCUUGGUUGCAUUCAAUGCUUGACACAGGCUCAGAGAUGUGAAUAGCCCCGGUUAGGUCAUCAGACGUCCCUGCAUGCUCCAGGUCUUUAUGAGUUAGGCAUGUACUUUGCUGAAUCAAGUCUGCAGCUCUUCGUGUUCCUUGUCCUGCACUGCUCAGUACUUCACUGUUUGAUCCUAUAUUCAUGCAGUUUCUCACCAGAAGAACCACUGAGUCAUCUAAUCUGGUAUGAACCCCAAGUAGUGGCUCAUCAGCCAAAAUUGCUGGCAAACUCUUUCAUCCAGUUCACCACCUUUUUUCUAAAGGAGAAGGGAAACAGCUGUUUGGGCAAGGACCAGAGCCAGACAGCUGGACGCCUGGUCGUGCAGCCAGCCAGGCUGCUGCAGCCGCCCGCAGCGGCCAGGCUCUCCUGGCAGCAGCGUGGGCCCUCGCCGUGCCUGAGGCGGGACACCCAGCUCCAGUCUCAUACCUCAACCCUCCAGACCCUCAGAUGCAUCUGUUACUUCCUGCCCUGUGCACACCAGCUUGUGUCUGGCUCAGGCUUUUCCCAAAGGCCUUGAGAAAGCUGGUUAUACGCAUGCCUCCAUAUUCUGGCACUGGAUCAGGUAUGGGGACUGCAGUGCCUGGGCGAGCCUGGUUAUCCCUCCUCGCUCCUGCGUACCAGCUUUUUCUCACCUUUGAGGUGCUCCUGUUACCUGGUAAAGUUGAAUUCUCUGUCAUUUUUGCUCAAACCCAGCACAGUUUUAGUUAUUCAGACCUCCCUGAAGGCAGAUAUCCCGUUGGCCACAGCAUCUUCCUAUCAGUGCAUGUUGAAUUUCCAGUGGGGAGUGGCCUAUGAGCAGUCACCCUUGGCUUGGUCAAUAGGACCCGUAAUCCCUGUUUGCAGGUUUCAUGCUGGAGCUGUAUUGAGGAGCAUUGUGUUUUCCUGGUCUGUUUUCCUUCUGAUUACUCAUUUGUAUGAGUCAGUCUUAGCACUGUGCCAGUCCUCGUGUCAGUGUGAAUGUAACUGUCAGGGGCUUUAUAUUUAUUUCACUGAUGAAAAUUUGUAGAACUUACAAGGUUAGAAGCAGCCCCUGUGGAAUCCCACCAGAAAUCUUUUCAUUUGGUAGAAAUUCCCCACUGAUGCCUACAUUUAGCCAGUUCUUAAUCCAUUCAAUAUACGCUUGAAUAAAAUUAUGUAGUGCUGUUUUUUAAUCAAAUUAUUAUCUAAUAUUAAAUCAGCUGUCUUACUGAAUGCAGGUAAGUUCCAUGUGUGCAGCUAGUUUCUCUAACCAAGCUUAUAGUUUCAAAGUGUAAAAUAAGGUACUUUGUUUGUUUUUCUUUUCUGUUGUUUUAAGAUCUGGUUUCUGUAAAACCAAGUCAAUUGACUGGCUUUAAUUAUACUCUUUUGCAAGCAUAUCAUCUGGCUUCUUUGCAAGUAUGGAACAAAUAUUUACCAAACACCUCUGCCUCUUUUUGAAUCAUUAGUUAUAGUCCUGUCAUCUGUAGCCAGUAAUAGGCCUACACCGAAUUUUUUGUUACUAUUAUUUUCAUUUGCUCUAAGGUCUACUUGAAUGUCAUGUAUUUGUCAAGCAUAGAUUUUUCUCUGAAAUCUUCAGCUUUCCAUUUCAAUUUACUGCACUUCAUAAUUUUCGGCACAUAUAUAGGUUUUGUCCAGGAAAAAAAAAAAAACCAAAACAAAAAAAAACCUUUUUUCCUUUUUUUAAAAUCCACAUUAGUCAGCAGGACAUAAAAAAGUCCAGAUCAAGGAAAAGUCUUAAUAUCCAACCACGCUGAAAUGAAGAAAAAGAGACUCCAAACCUCAUCCUGAACCUUAUCUCUGUCUUCCACGGAAAAAAGAAACAUUUGUUUUUUGGCAAAAAUUUGCCAACCUGAUGUUUGCAGUGCCUCUAAAUUUUCUGUUAUAAGCAAUGCUGAACUGUAAUUCAUGAAAAAUACCAGCAUUUUGCUUUCUUCAGAGAUUGUCUGGUCAGGAAGGGGGUCAAAACAACAGUCUGCAGCAAGUCAUAUGUCUCCACAUUAAUCCACACAAGGAAGUGUCUGUUUCACUUAUUUCCAAAUGGGGAAUGUUUUCUUUAGAGAGGUAGCAAAUUGAUUUUCCCCACAUGGAGCAUGGGAUAUCUCAUUUCCAAAACAAAACUUUCAGAAAUGGCUACACAAGUCCACUCUUUCUCCAUGUGGGUUAGAAAGCAGCAUGACUCCUUAAUGUUUCCUGCAAGGUUGUUCACUGCUGUGCUCUGGACUUUCCAGGUCAGGCCUGGCAUGUUCAGUUAUAAAGAAAGGAAUAAACAAGUGUUUCCAUUUAGAAAAAGCCUAGUAAAAAUAAUUUUGAUAUUCAAGUUGUUUCGUGUCAGCUUGAGCAAGCAUGAGGGAUGUGUGUGUGUGCACAGAGAGGCUGUGUGACCUCCACAGCUUGGUGAGAGCCCAAGUUUUUGGUGGGUGCUCAUCAUUGACUUCCAUAGGUGUACUUAGGAUCCUGUUGAGACCUUCCCCAAAUUGAAUUGAUGCUGUUGUUUCCUAAACACAGGUCUGGGUUUUUUUUAGCAUAGACUGAUAUUUUGCUUUCUUUUCCAGGCACUUUAAUUUCUACCUUUUCGAUGCAAUAUUAGGUUACUUACAGCUUGCUGCUUCUCUUCAUCAGCUCAGCAUGCCUGGGCAAUAAAUGCCCCAAGCCCUCAUUUUUGCACCCUGUUUCCUGGAGGCAAAAGCUUUUAAAUAAACUUUCAGGGGUGAAAGGAAAAUAAAUUAAAUGUGAAGGCCCGAAGUCAAAAUGCGGAAAAGGGAAUGAGGGGAUGGAGAUAAAAUAAGGAGAUGAUGGUGACAGAGAAAUCAAGGAAGCAGCUGGCACUCCACAAAAUAUGCACGAUUAACUAAGCUUUGAAUAGUUUUUGAGACCAUACUUAAAUACAGCAAUAUGCUUUUCUUAACUUCCAGAUAUUGCAGAAUGCGGGAAGCCCCCUAGAGGGGUAAGUGUUAAAGCCAUUAAACCUGUUAACUUUCUAUUCAUUACAUUUUAAAAGGUGCAACAUGUAACCAUGGUUUUCAGCCAAGAGCUGACUUUUGCCAGGCUGCAUUAGGGAUGUCCUCAGCAACCAGCUGUUUGCCACCUGCUAACAGGCAUGGUCAGUUCAUGGAUUUUGUGGAGAUCUGGGGCCAUUCUUCUCACCCUGACUUUGAUGGCCAGGCACCUCCAUAUGCCACCUCCAGCUUCUCUUUGGCACCUGACUCAUGAAUAGCUCUGGGAUCUGACACAUCCUGCCAUUUCCACCUGCCUCAGAGGGGAGAUCUCCUAAUCUGUUCUAUAGAUACUGAUGGUUUUGCAGCUUAGGGCCAAGGAUUCUGGUAUCACAGCUUUUGUGCAGAAGACAUGUGAAGGACUGGCACAGCGCAGGAGGAUUCUGUGAGGGGACACUGUGCAAGGUGUCCUUCAGGAAAGAAUGGCUGUGGAUGCAUUUGGCAGCUGUGCUGCCACUGCCUUGUGUCUCUUCUGAAUCCAGCACCACUGUUCAUCCCUGUUCAUUCACUUUUGCAACUUCCACUGCUCCACCUAAAUCCUGGUUUGUGAUUACCUCCCUCUGGUACACUCCCAGCUCUACAUUUCGAGCUCACCUGACUCUGUGAGCCCACCCUAAAUGUAGACCCAGAUCUUCUGCUGGCCAUUCUUUGUUGAGGCCAUGGAGAUUUUUAGAAGCUCAGUCAAAUAUUCUGUUCUUCCUUCAUCUUUCCACAAAACAUGGUCACAGAAAACAGCAGGCAGCCAGAAGAAUCUGGUUGGCAGUGUAAGUUGUAAGUCUAUUAGCUGAGUACAUUCCUCUGCAAAAUAUGGCAAUGGCCUUCAUUUCCUUUUUUUUUUUUUUUCUUUUUUUUCUCCUACUUUUGAAGUAUGUCUGAGAAACUGGAGAAUCAGCAGGCCAGAAUCAAAAAUUGUGUCAGGAAAAAGUUACCCAGGUCAGAGAGGCCUGGAAAGACAAGAACUUUGAUCACGGGCAUUACAAUUGCUUAGAUGUGCUCUAGAGUAAGAAACGUGGAGCAAGCAAUUAAAAGAUACAUGUUUUAGGCAUGAGUACAGUACUUGUUUACUUACAUGGUUUGCUGAGCAGCCAGCAAGGUCCAAGGUUAUUUUGGGCUCAACAUGAGUAAGUGAUCCAGGUAUGAAAAAUGAGGUAAUGCAUUCCAGGCUCAUUAAAAACUCUUGGCUACACCACUGAUUUUGACAAAGUGCCAACAUAGCUUGACCUCAGCUCUGUGAAGGCCACUAUUUUUUUUAACACCCUCCCUAUAACAACAAAUCUUCUGCAUCAGCCAAAAUACGUGAAUGUAGGGAACAGUGUUAUUGGGAGGGUUGAACUCACUGGACUUCCAGUGAUAAACUCGUAAAAAAUAGGUAAUUUUACAGUAAAUGGUCUGCUAAAUUCAGGUACUCCAAAACAACAGCCAUUAUUUUGUGACUUAUUCAUGGCAUUAUCAAUGUGGAUGUAGCUCAGGUGAGGCUGACCCAAUAACAGGGAGAUGGUAAGCCCUGUGAUCACUUCCCCAUCCUGGACACAUAGGAAAAGAAAGUGGCAGUUGAAUGUGCUGUCUUGUUGUGGCAGCCCGUGUUUUUCCAUUGUAAAUAGUGAUAAUGGUCAUGGUUGAUUUUGGCAGCUCCCACUUUUGGGUAUUUAUCUUUCCCCUGUAUAGAACUUGCCUUUCUUGGGGUAAAACCAGAGCUGGGAGUUCUUCUAGGCAGUGAGGCUUGGAAAUUGUCCUUUUUCUCCUGUCCUGCUGAGCAGGCAGUGUCUGUGGAAGUUGAACAGCUGAGGGUGGUAGUGACUGGAGAACAGUAGCCACAACCUUAUGAAUUUUCUGAGCAAGUGAGCGGGGUAGCUGCCCUCUCCCUCUCCUUCUGACCUAUCCCACCCACAGUUUGGGGACUCCUCCGGGCCCAAGGAGUGUUCACUCGUACUCGUGUGAGUUUUGCUGCUGGCUGUGUUUUACCUGGCCGUACAUGAAAGGUUUGCCAGCACACAGCAGGUAAUGGAGUGGGAAAACACCGCACAUUGGUAAAGGGCAAUCACGUUUUCAAUUACACAGGAAAGAAAGUGUUUUAACUGGUACUGUGUUGUCUCUCUCAUACUCCUGUUACAAGCACUCACACCGAAGAGGUGGCGAAUAAUGCAAACUUUUUUCUGUACUUAUUUGUUCAUUUUUUAAUUUCAAUUUUCUUUGCUUAUGCUCUCGCCUUCUGGGAAUGUGCAAAUUAUCAGGCCUCAAUGCCACAAAUGCUUUCAGAAAAUGAAUUUGAAAGCCAUAUGCACAAACACAUGAAGAAAGUGAAUAAUUUUGUAUAUUCUUAGGUAGUCAUGCCAGAAGUCCUUCUCCACUAGAAAACAGAAGAAAACCCAUAGGAUACUCAUUUAGCUGUCCAGUACAUACUGAACAUCCAACAUCAUCAGGAAAACUGAAUGUGACUAAGCCACAAACUGUGUAAAAUUGCCUUAAAAUAAUUAUGAAUAACAAAUUCAAGACACUUGCAGUGUGCUCAUGAAUAUGUCAAAAAUUAAACAAAAGAUGACAAAAUUGAAACAUGAAUGUGACUUGUAAAUUCUUUCUUCUGUCCUAGUCAUAUUUCCUCUCUCACACGAACAAAACUAAUGUCACUGAAAUGCAAUAAUCUUCAAAUAAUGUGUUUAUUUAUAAUGGUUUAGGGAGCAAAUAUUAAUGGCUUUGUUUCAAGUGUGACUUGGGACUAUGUCAUACGUUUUCUUUUACAGAGUAGAUGUUAGAUGCCAGGACCUUCUCUUCUGAUAAUAAUUCCUGUUGCUACUUUCUUGUUAAUCUUGUGUCAGAUCUGGAGUGGCUUUAGGUGAUUUAAAAUCAUACCAUGGGCGUGUGAGAUGGUCCUUGUGUGUGCUGCAGACAGACCUUCCCUGCUGCUGCUCCUGAGCCACAGGGAGAAUGCAAAUACCCCAUUUCAUAGUGGGUUUGUGCCAGUUCUGCCGUGGAAAGCUCCAAUUCAAACAGUGUUUAUAUGCAAGCUCAAUAUACCUGGAAUUUAGGAACAAAUGCCUUCUUGCUUUUAAAGCUUUUAGCAAAACAUUAGCAGUGCUUUAUAGUGUGAUGCAAAGUACAGUGCCAAAACUCAGGAUAACAAGUGUUUUUGAAAAACAUUGAGCCUUGAACUAGUUUCUUUAUUUGUUAAAAAGUAAGAACGGAUUGAAGGAACAAAAGAAAGGACAAAUAACUAGCACACAAGUAUAUUUGAUGGUAGCUCAGCCACAUCCCUCUUUGGCCAUUGGUUGGGCCAGGCCUGGGGAUCUUGUCAUUCAAAGGUUAAUCUUUUAAUACGUAUGCCAAAGUGUAGUGAAUUGAGGGAACAUUUCUGUUUCCUUCAGUACCUUUUUAAAGAACUCAGCGACUGCUGAGGCAGACCGUGGCUAAGGGGACCUCUCCAUCCCAUCCAGGUCGUGUGCCAAAAAAUCCCCGUAGGCAUCAGGAAGACAUCAAAGGUUGAGCGGGGUUUAUAAAUAAGGCAGGGCGGCGUGGCCAGAGCUGGCAGCCGGCGCUGGAGCCCUCGCAGCUCAUCCCACGCUCCCGCCGAGGCGCUCAUCUCUGUUGAUAUGAGUAAUGGAGCGCCGGGGGGAGGGGAUUUGUAAGCGCGGCGCAAACACUCUUAGUGUUCAUUUUGUGUAAGACUGACAUCCACACCACGUCGAGACUCCCAGCGACGUGGUGUGCAGUCACAUGCUGUAGCAUUCAUGAGUACAGAUAUAAAUCAGGCAGAUGUUUGUCGACUGGAAUGGCGCCAAAUCUUAAAGGCAGACCGCGCAAAAAGAAGCCAUGCCCACAGAGAAGAGAUUCAUUAAAUGGCAUUAAGGAUUCCAACAAUAAUUCUGAAAGCAAAGCUGUUGCCAAGGUAAAAUGUGAGGCUAAGUCAGCUUUGCCCAAACCCAAGAGUAACAACAGCAACUGUAAGAAAGGCUCAAGUGAGGAUAAAUCAAAGAUUGCCAUAGGUGAAGAAUGCAGAGCUGAUGAGCAGGCUUUCCUUGUGGCUCUUUAUAAAUAUAUGAAAGAAAGGAAAACACCAAUUGAACGAAUACCCUAUUUAGGUUUUAAGCAGAUUAACCUUUGGACUAUGUUUCAAGCUGCUCAAAAACUGGGAGGAUAUGAAACAAUAACAGCCCGUCGACAAUGGAAACAUAUUUAUGAUGAAUUAGGUGGUAACCCUGGAAGCACAAGUGCUGCUACAUGUACUCGCAGACAUUAUGAAAGAUUAAUCCUGCCAUAUGAAAGAUUUAUUAAAGGAGAGGAAGAUAAGCCACUGCCUCCAGUGAAACCUCGAAAACAGGAUAACAGUUCCCAGGAGAGUGAAGCAAAAACAAAAGUGUCUGCAACAAAACGCAUCAAAAAUGAAAACCAAAAGAGCAAGAAGGAAAAAGAUAAUUCACAGAAACCCCAAGAUGCAUCUGAGGUUUCAUCAGAACAAGAGAAGGAUCAAGAAUCAGCAGACCAGAAGAACUUCCCUGAACAUCCUACAGUGGAAGAGAUGAAACAACCCGUGCAAGGCCCUCCAUCUCUUUUACCAGAGACAGCUCGGACACUGCCUCUGGAGAAGACAGACACGACAGAAAACAGCACCAACAGUGAGAAAGCCAAGGAGGAGGUUCAGCACUCAUCCUCUUUUUCGAGUGUUUCUGUGCCAGCAGAAGAAGACGCUGUGCUAGAUGCCACUGUCACAAAGCGAUUACACCCCUCAGCAGAUGCCCUGGAAGACACAAAGCCUGAACAAAGACUACACAAAGCUUUUACUGACAGCCUGGAAAGUGAACCUCCAGAAAUGCCCUUCACAGCUGCUUUCCCAGUCCAUCUGCCCACUCAGAGCGACGUGGAAGAUGAGAAACUGCCAGGGAUGGCCGAUUACAUCGCAAACUGCACGGUGAAAGUGGACCAGCUGGGAAACGAAGAUAUCCACAAUGCACUAAAGCAAACACCCAAAGUCCUGGUGGUGCAGAACUUCGACAUGUUUAAGGAAAAGGAGCUGCCCGGGUCCGUGAACGAUGACUCCACUUUCAGUUACACACCACUGCUGUACUCAAAAGGUAAUCCAGGCAUCAUGUCACCCCUGGCAAAGAAGAAGCUGCUGUCGCAGGUCAGUGGGGCCACGCUCUCGUGUAACUAUCCUUAUGGUUCUCCUCCACCUUUGAUCAGCAAAAAGAAACUCAGCAGCAGAGAUGAACUGUCCUCAGGCAUAUCGCAAGGUCCCCAUGCCCCUAAUUCUGAUCCCGUAGCAAUUAAUAGGCCCUCAGUCAUACAACAUGUACAGAGUUUUAAAACCAAGGAAGAAAGGAAGUCAAUUAAUAAUGUUUUUAAACAUGACAUGCUCAGUAAACCGGAUCCUCAGCGCUGUGAUUUUUCAAAACAUCACCUCAGUUCUCUUACCGAGUCAUACCUACCGAAGUUGGAUAUCCAGGACUGCAAAGAUAAAAUGAGUGAGAAAAGGGCACUGCAGCACUCCCAUGUGCCCACUUUCUUGGCAGAUUUCUAUUCAUCACCUCAUCUGCACAGCCUUUAUAGGCACACAGAACACCACCUUAAUAAUGAACAGACAUCAAAGUACCUCCCCCGGGACAUGUUCAGAGAGUCUGAAAAUAUUUCUACUUUUACUCAACACAAACACCAAGAAAAACUAAAUUUAAAUUAUCGGCCGUCUUUGCAUCAGCAAGAAAAAAAGGCAACAGUGGAGGCUUCUUCAGAUGAUCAGCCAACAGAUUUGAGUCUUCCAAAGAGCAUACACAAACAGACUGCAAAGGUUCCAGGCUCCAGUCUCCCUCACUCAUCCACAGCCCAGCAAGAAUGCAAAGGGAUCUCCCCGUUCCAGGCUGGAGGCAGCCAGACAGUGAGCCUAGACUGUAACCCCAAAGCUUGCCGCGUGUCCCCUAUGGCAUUGACAGCCCCAAAAAAACACAGCGAGUUGCUCCACAGGUCUGGGAAGCAGCAGGCCCAGAGGCUGGAGAACCUGAGGAAGAUGGAGGGGAUGGUGCAUCCUAUCAUCAGUCGCAGAACGAGCCCUCAAAAUGUGGGGGCUGCCCGGCCUCUGAAACGGAGCCUGGAGGAUUUGGACAAAGUUAUUUCUGAAAAAAAAAUCCGAGCUGUCUCUCCUAUUCAUUUACCAAAGGAGACCCCGGCAAAAGACAAGGUUCCCGACCAAGAGGGGGAAGGUAGCAAGUCAGUGCAUGGCCUUCAUUCUGGCAGCAUGCUGGAAAGCCACAAAUUUCCCCUGUCAGCCCCCAUCUUCCCAGGCUUGUAUCCGGGAAGCCUGUGCACGGGGCUGAACAAUCGCCUCCCACCCGGGUAUUCUCAUCCCCUGCAGUACUUGAAAAAUCAGACCGUGCUAUCCCCACUAAUGCAGCCUUUGGCUCUUCACUCCUUCAUGGUGCAGAGACAAUUCCUCACGUCCCCUGCAAACUCCCAGCAACUGUACAGACACUUAGCUGCAGCAACACCUGUAGGAAGUUCCUAUGGUGACCUUUUGCAUAACAGCAUUUAUCCUUUAGCUGCUAUAAACCCUCAAGCUGCGUUCCCACCUUCCCAGCUAUCCUCUGUACAUCCCAGCACAAAACUGUAAUCCCCCUUGUUCACAAAGAAAGGUCUGAGGAGAAAGUUCAGUUAGCGACAUUCCUCCCCUUGUGACGAUGUCUUGCAGAUUUAGCAAUCUGUAUUUUUGUCAACCAGGAUGCAGUCGUAUCCCUCCUAGAGGAGCGUCUUGGAGUUUGAUGGAGACGGGACCGCUUCGUUAAUUCUGGCUCCCACAUCAGCCCCCCUCACCCUUUAUCCCUGCCCUUGCAAAAAAGAAAACCAAACCAAAAAAAAAAAAAAAAAAAGCCAACAAAACAAAAAAAAAAAAAAAAACAAACCACACAAAAAAAAAAAAAGAGAGAAACAAAAACACAGAAAAAAAGAAUUUUUUUUUGAUUUUGCGUAUGUUUUUUCUGAAAGGACUUGAACAUGGUAAGAGCAGAUGUUCAAAGGGAGCCGUGGAAACGCAGGCCCAGUCCUGAGCUCACUGAAACCCCAGUGAGGGCUGUGUUUGCCUUUCACUGAGCCGAGGACCGGAGGCUGUGCAUUGUUGCAAAUGAGUCAAGGACUUCAGAUGAACCUGGAAAGGAGAAGUGGGCCGAGAAUCUGUACAAUCAGUGGAUGUGCUUUUUUGGGUAACUUUUCCUGACUUUUAAAGAUUCAAUCAAUGCAAUGUAUAGUAAAACGGCAAUAGAUUUUUUCAUUUUAACACUAUUAGAACAGAAUGGUAAACACUGUUUAAUUUGACUGUACAUAUCCACUUCAUAAACUACCAGUGUCACAUUUGGUCACAAUAAUUUAUAUAGUUUCGUUUGUCCAGUAUAUUCUGUGCUCUUUAUGUUUGGUUUUUUUUUUUUUGUUCUGGGUUCUUAUUUUUUUUUAAAUUAAACAGUAUCAUAUUAUCAGCAA